GAAGAUCCGGACUGUUUUGGUUUAUUUUCCUCUUGCAGCUGUUUUUCUGUCAGUUUGUCCUCUGCUGUCUCCGUUUUCCUGCAGUGUUUUUUUAUCUGGUUUUAUCCGUUAUAAUGUCGGAGGAUCUGCGCGCGCAGCUGGAGAAACAUCUGCAGAGUUUAAACAUCCAGACGAGCUGCGUGGAGCAUCCGCCGGUGUUCACCGUGGAGGAAAUGAUGCCUCACCUCCAGGAAGUGAGCGGUGUCGUUACCAAGAACCUGUUCCUGAAGGACAAGAAGAAGAAGAGCCUGUGGCUGGUGUCGGUCCGUCAUGACCGCCAGGUGAACCUCAACGACCUCGCCAAGAAACUGGGCGUCGGCAGUGGAAACCUGCGCUUCGCCGACGAGGCGGCCAUGUUGGAGAAACUGAAGGUGGGGCAGGGCUGCUGCUCCGCCCUGGCCGUCCUGUUUGACGUGGACCGGAGCGUGAAGCUGGUCCUGGACCAGGACCUGGUCCAGGGAGACCACCAGCUGGUCUGGUUCCACCCCAUGACCAACGCCGCCUCCCUGGGGAUCCGGCCAGACGACCUGCUGCUGUUCCUGAGGGGGACGGGACACGAGCCGGUCCUGGAGGGGUUCCAGUAGACCUGGACCUGGGUCUGGAACUGGGCCUUGAGCUGGACCUGGACCUGAUUAAAAACUGGACCUGGACCUGAUUAAAAGCUGGACCUGAACAGGAACUUUGUUCUGCGUUACAAGCGUUUGUGUUUGCAGUGAAACGUGAAUCUGCAGUGGAGGCGACCGGGAUCUUCUUCUGUUCCAGUCCUUCGUGACCCGGAUCAGAAACAGGUCUGGUCCUCCCGGAGUCUGAGGGAAACCUGGAAUAUUGAUUAAAUGUUUUAUUAAAGUCUCA